AUGCUUAGUCCUGAAGGUGAACUGAAAAUAAGCUUCGGCUAUCAAUGCAAUGACGACAGAGGUAUCCCUUGCAAGGUUGCCAAAGGCUGCAAAAUCCUUCCUGAAAUGCGAAGAACAAGCAGUUUCUCUUGUUUGUCUGGUGAUGCUUUGAGUGCAAAUGCUACACUUGCCAACACAAACAUCUGCAAUGGUGUGAUAGGAGAAGAAAUCCUUCCGAAUUUGGACUCUCCUAAUUCAUUUCGGCGGGUUCCCUCUUCGCCAUGUCUUGGAAUGUUGGACAUGCUAUCAUCUUCUUUCCAAAGUAGUUUGUCAAACCUAAGUUGCAGCCCAUCCAGUCCAAGUCUUAUGCUUGAAUACGACCCUUGUUUGUUAAGACUCAUGAGUCCUUCCUCUAGAAAUGAAAGUUUUCUCAAUGCAACAGAAGUACAAGUAGCAGGAGGAGCUGCUGGUGAAGAUAGAGUUCAAGCAGUUUGUUCUGAAGAAAAUGGUUGGCUAUUUUGUGCAAUUUAUGACGGAUUUAAUGGGAGAGAUGCGGCGGAUUAUCUUGCUUGUACUCUUUAUGACUCUAUUGUAUCUUAUCUUGCUUGUACUCUAUUGUUGGUUUCCGAUUUCGUUCGACUUUGCUUUAAAUAUGAAGGUUCUGCAGUUCAGUGCAGUAAUCAAAUUGGUGUAAGUAAUGGUGACUCUGCAUCUGUACCGUAUUUGAAGGAUUGGCAUUUUGUGAAGGAGUAUCCUGAUUACGUACCAUACAUCACUCCGAUGUUCUUUUGUGAUGAUUGGCUCAACUUGUAUCUCGAUAACUUUAGAAUGAAUACUUAUUCCGACAGAGACCAGCAAAAUAAGGAAAUAUGUUGCUCUGACUAUCGUUUUGUUUACAUGGGAGUAAAAGGAUCUUGGACUCCUCUACAUGCUGAUGUUUUCAGAGCAGCUCCGAAGGCUCUUCAAAUUGAUGAAGAUGGUGAGAAAAUCAGAUAG